GCAAAGAAAGAGGGCUGGCAGGGCGGACACUGUUUUCCGUCGGAAAGAAAAACUUGUUUAUAUCAAGGGAAAUCGAGAUUCGUGUCUGAACUUGAACAAGCAGAGUAUACAAAUUAAGGAUUUUAGACUGCACACCUCAACAAUUGUUUUAAGAAAUGCCUUACCAAAACGUAUGCCGAGUCGGCUGUGCUCUGGUGCACAAAGGUAGCAGCACGCUCCCUCUUCUGAGUCCUGGGACAGUGCAAGCCUUCUGUCGUUGUUUGAUGUCCGGGGGAAAGGAGUACCAGAAGGAGAAACGUUGCAAAAGUGAAGCUAGUGCGGGUUCCCCAUCCGUCGCUCAGUCCCGCUCUCCUGCCCACAAGUACCAGGUAACGGGCAAGAAGCGUGAUGAGGAGUCGUUAACAGUACCGGGACGGUCCUACUCUUCCACUGCCCCUAAGGUUGACCCCAAGGUCUACCUGUGGUCAAGAUACAAUGAGAUGAAGCGGCUAGUGCACGACCUGAUUCCACCCGGAGUUUGCAACCUGCUCAACCCCUCCACCAUCUAUGCCAACAAUGAGGUCAGCCUGGCCGAGGUGGACAUCUAUGGCUUCGACUACGACUACACACUCGCCCUCUACUCCAACGCCCUCAACGCCAUGAUCUACAACAAGGCCCGGGACUUCCUGAUUGAGCACUUCAAGUAUCCUCACGGAAUCCGCAGAUACGACUACAUCCCCAACUUCGCCGUGCGGGGUCUCCACUACGACAUUCAGAAGGGGCUUCUGAUGAAAAUAGAUGCCUUCCAUUACAUCCAGCUGGGGACGGUGUACAGGGGUCUGAAGCCGGUUCCAGACGAGGAGGUCUUACAGCUGUACCAUGGAACCCACCACGUCCCCCUCCACCAAGACAGUGGCUUCUACGGCAAGGGCCCCAAGGUGAAGCAGUUUAUGGAUGUGUUCUCCAUCCCGGAGAUGACCCUCCUCGCGGUCGCCAACGACUUCUUCCUCUCCAACGACAUCGAGUUCGACCCUGUGCACCUCUACAAGGACGUCACGGAUGCCAUCGCAAUGGUGCACAUCAAAGGCUACAUGUACAAGUGGAUUAUGCAGGAUCUUGAGAAGUUCAUCCUCAGAGGAGAGGAGACGUAUGCUGUCCUGCACCGGCUGGUCAACAAUGGCAAGAAGCUGUUCCUCAUCACCAACAGCCCCUUUAGCUUCGUAGACAAAGGCAUGAAGUACAUGGUUGGGAAAGACUGGAGAGACUUUUUUGAUGUGGUCAUUGUGCAAGCCGACAAGCCCCACUUCUUCAACGAUGGUGUCAAACCUUUCAGACGUUUGGAUCAUAAUGGAGACCUCCAAUGGGACAAGAUCGACCGUUUGGAUAAAGGACAGAUCUACAAACAGGGAAACCUCUUUGACUUCUUGAGGCUCACAGGCUGGAGAGGAUCAAAGGUGCUCUAUUUUGGGGACCAUCUCUACAGUGACCUGGCAGACCUGAUGCUGCGGCACGGCUGGCGGACGGGCGCCAUCGUGCCCGAGCUGGAGCUGGAGACCAAGGUGGUGAACACGGAGCAGUACGCCCAGAGCCUGACCUGGCUGCAGGCCCUCACCGGCCUGCUGGAGCGCAUGCAGGUGCAUCGUGAUUCAGAGUCCAAGAAGGUUCUGCAUGACUGGCUGAAAGAGAGAGAGGAGCUCAGAAUCAUGACCAAGAACCUGUUCAACCCUCAGUUCGGCAGCAUCUUCCGCACCUGCCACAACCCCACCUACUUCUCCCGCCGCCUCUGCCGAUUCUCAGACCUCUACAUGGCCUCCCUCAGCUGCCUGCUCAACUACGACCUCUCCUACACCUUCUACCCCCGCCGCACGCCCCUGCAGCACGAGGCCCCCCUCUGGAUGGACCAGCUCUGCACCGGCUGCAUGAAGACCCCCUUCCUGGAGGAGAUGGCCCACAUCCGCUGAGCAGCCGGGCGGCGCUGGUCAGGCCAGGCCCGCCAAACGGGCAGCUCCAGUACCCUCUGAAACGAUUGCCCACACGUAAAACAACUUAUGCCAUAAAACUCGCCUACCCGUAUGCUACUAGAACCUCAUUGCCCCCUUUUGUCUGGGAGGGUGGCAUUUAGCUUUGUUGAGGAGUCACGCGGGGGGGGAGGACGUUAUUUCUUUGCGCCACCUGCUGGAGGGAGGGUGGUACGGUCCCACAUGGAAUGAGUGAUGGAUUUGAACAGGAAGUUGGCGGGAAGGAAGGCGGCUGUGGCUGGGGGUUGGGCUGAAAGUACUAACACGUGGCGCAAUGCUAGCAAAGCCAUCCGAGGCAGCCUUCGGUCGAGCACACAAGGACGGAGCCCGGAGUCUGGGAAUGAUUCUUGGACACAGCUAUUCCGUUUCUGUGCCCUGUCUGUGUCUGUGAGACACUGCCAUUCUGUCUCAGCUUGCAGAGGUGACAAUCCGAUAGACCUUUGUCACAGACCGCUAUUGUGCUGUAAAGACGUUUUUUUUCUGGAUGGUAUUGCAUUGCUGAGGUGUCCAAAGGACCAUCAUUCAGCUUUUAUAAGGCUCCACAAUCUCCAGGAUAUAUAGGGGUAAGAAAUACAUCAAUACAACUUGAUACAUAUUUUAGAGAAAAUUCACAAUCUUUUCUCUCUUAUGUGGCUUUCAGUCAUGAGAGGCAACAGUGGAGUUACUCUAAAGCAAAUACAAAAUAGCUGAUUGCCGCACACUGGUUUAUUAUUUGAUAAAAAAUUGUGUAUGAAAGUUGAAAUGCCUCAUAUGCUUCACAGCUUCCUGGUGGUUGUGGAGUCAUCAUCUCUUACGUGUAAAUAGAAAUAACAGAACCGAAAUGAAAUGUCAGUGCACAGCACACACAAGAAUUCAGAAUUAUUUUUUAGUCUUAAAGUAAACUGACCACCAGAAAGAACAGGACCCAAAUGAAAUGUAUGUACACAGCACACACAACAGUACAGAAUUUUUUUUUAGUCAUAAAGAUUGUUGUUUUAUCUCUUGUUGAUAUCCUAUGUACUCUGUGUCCCCUGAAAUAAAGUACUUAUAAUGUGAAGUCUGUUUAACUUAUUGGUUAGAAACUGUUUGAUCCUGAAAAUCUGAUUUUCCCCCAUUGUUUGUAGAAUUC